GAGUCAAAAUGGUGAGGUAUCGACGACUCGACGGGGACAGUUGUCAACCUUGUGUGUCAGUUUGAAACACAUCACCACCAGACCCAGUUUGGUCUGGUUUAUAUUUCCGACCAAAAACACACACAUAAAAAAAUUAAAUUCAAAGAAAGUGAAGGAAAAAUUAAUGGAGUCAAAUGUGUUUGGAUAUACUAGUAGUAAUUCAUUGUUGUUGGGUUAUUCCAACAAACAACCAUAUAAUAAGCUGAAGAAUAAGAAAUUAUCAUUCAUUAAUAGUAACAAUGAUAAUAAUCUGUUACAACAAAAAUCGAGAAUCAAAUUAUUAUUCCGACAAAAACGAACAUCCUUAAAUGGUGUCAAAUCGAUUUCAAACAGUUCAUCCGUUGUGGAAGUCAACACUAGCAGUAAUGCAAAAGAAGAAGAAAAGAAGGAGGAAGGAAUUGUGAAGCCUGUUUAUGUGCCUACACCUUCUAACCGAUCUCUCCGUACUCCUCACAGCGGUUACCACUUUGAUGGGACUAGAAGGAAUUUUUUUGAGGGGUGGUACUUUAAGGUCUCGAUACCUGAACAAAGACAAAGCUUCUGCUUUAUGUAUUCAGUUGAGAACCCAGCAUUUCAGAAGCCAUUGAAUACAUUGGAGCAAAUACAGUAUGGACCCCGCUCCACUGGUGUUGGAGCUCAAAUACUUGGUGCUGAUGACAAGUACAUUUGCCAAUACACACCAGAAUCUCACAACUUUUGGGGAAAUCGACAUGAGCUGAUGCUUGGAAACUCUUUUUCUACUCAAAAAGGAAAACGGCCACCAAACAAUGAAGUUCCACCUCAGGUAUUUAAUCGUAGUGUGAUAGAAGGAUUCCAAGUGACACCACUUUGGCAUCAAGGUUUCAUCCGUGAUGAUGGAAGGACAAGGUAUGCGGAAACUGUAAAGACUGCACGUUGGGAGUAUAGUACCGUCCCUGUUUAUGGUUGGGGUGAUGUGGGGUCUAAACAAAAGUCGACAGCUGGUUGGCUUGCUGCUUUUCCUGUAUUUGAACCUCAUUGGCAAAUAUGCAUGGGCGGUGGACUCUCAACAGGUUGGAUAGAAUGGGGUGAAGAACGAUAUGAGUUUCAAAAUGCCCCUUCGUAUUCCGAGAAGAAUUGGGGUGGAGGUUUCCCAAGAAAGUGGUUUUGGGCUCAAUGUAAUGUCUUUAAAGGUGCAAGUGGAGAAGUUGCUUUGACAUGUGGAGGUGGAUUAAGGCAAUUGCCUGGAUUAAAUGAAACGUUUGAGAAUGCAGCACUGAUUGGAGUUCACUUUGAAGGUAUAUUCUAUGAAUUUGUUCCUUGGAAUGGAGUUGUUGAGUGGGAAAUUACUCAGUGGGGUUACUGGCACGUAACUGCGUAUAAUGAUACACAUAAGGUAGAACUAGUGGCUACCACAAAGGAUCCAGGCACCACAUUGCGAGCUCCAACUACAGAGUCUGGCCUUGCACCAGCUUGCAAAGAUACAUGCUUUGGUGAUUUAACUUUGAAAUUGUGGGAAAAAGGAUCCGAUGGCAGUAAUGGGAAGCUUAUUUUGGAUGUAACUAGCAACAUGGCAGCUCUAGAAGUUGGGGGCGGACCUUGGUUCAACACAUGGAAAGGCCAGACAUACACACCUGAAAUCAUCAAUCGUGCCCUUAAUCUUCCGGUUGAUGUGGAAGGAAUCCUUGGUUCAUUUCCAUUGCUCAAACCUCCUGGCAUGUAGGCAAAUAUCUCCCUUUGUAUUUCAGUCAGUUUUUAAUGAUCUAACCUAAUACAUAUAAUAAAUACAAGAUAAAGUUAUAAGAUACAUACAUGUAAAUAGAUGCUCUGUUGUUAAUCCAAUGGCAGUUUAUUACAAAGUA